UGCGGCGGAGGCGGCGGCGGGGAGACGGGCGCGCGCUGAGGACGCGGGGCGACCGGGCGUACGGACCAUGGCCUCCAAGUGCCCCAAGUGCGACAAGACCGUGUAUUUCGCUGAGAAGGUGAGCUCCCUGGGCAAAGACUGGCACAGAUUCUGCCUCCGAUGCGAGCACUGCAGCAAGACGCUGACCCCCGGGGGCCACGCCGAGCACGAUGGAAAGCCCUUCUGCCACAAGCCUUGCUAUGCCACGCUGUUCGGACCCAAAGGGGUGAACAUCGGAGGGGCCGGCUCCUACAUCUAUGAGAAGCCCUCCGCCGAGAAACCCCAGGUCACCGGCCCCAUCGAGGUCCCGGUGGCCCGAACCGAGGAGCGUAAAGCCAGCGGUCCCCCGAAGGGACCCAGCAAAGCCUCCAGCGUCACCACGUUCACCGGGGAGCCCAACAUGUGUCCUCGCUGCAACAAGAGGGUCUACUUCGCCGAGAAGGUGACGUCUCUGGGCAAGGACUGGCACCGGCCGUGCCUGCGUUGCGAGCGCUGUGGGAAGACGCUGACCCCGGGCGGGCACGCGGAGCACGAUGGCCAGCCCUACUGCCACAAGCCCUGCUACGGAAUACUCUUCGGACCCAAGGGAGUGAACACGGGAGCCGUGGGCAGCUACAUCUAUGACAAGGACCCUGAAGGCAAAGCUCAGCCCUAGGCCCCAGGGCCGCUCUGCGCGGGCCCCUGACCCCGGACCCACUGCUUGGCUGCGCGGGGAGAUUGCCCGCUGCCCAGGCCGCCUCUGCACCUGCAAGUCCAGGGCCAGAGAGCUGGGGGAGGAGGGAGCCCCUGCCCGACCCCAGGACCCUGCCCCGUCUCUGUCUCCGGGUGUAUCCACCUGUGUGUCCCGGACUGCCCGCUGCCCCCUCUCGUCCUGGCCCCACGUGUCCCCACGUCGAGGUCUCGUGGCCCCACACGCCCCUGGUGUCUCCGUGGCCUGGGUGACCUUUCUGAGGUGGCGCCGCCCCCGUCCCGCCCCUUCCUGCCCACAGUGUUAUUUAUGCCCCCCUUGCCAGUGACAGCCACAGCCACGCCCCCCACCGUGUUCCUCCCGCCUGCCUCGCCAGCGCCCGCCCACCACCCUCACGUGGCUCACACUCAGUGCUGGGACUUUCGCUACCAAUAAAAGGUCUGAAGGUCAA